AUGGGAGGGGUGGGGAUGGGGGAGAGGGCGCUGGCGGAAACCGAGAGCGAUGCGCGAUGCGGCGGCCGCCGCCGCCGUGUUCAAGGCCGGGAGACACAUGUGCCCCGUGCACGUGCUCGCAGACGCUCGCUCCGCUCUUCUGCUCCGAAUGCUACUGCUGCUGCUGCUUCGGCUACGCUGUUGCACGGCUGCGGGAGACGGGAGUCCCGUGUCCUAGAUUUCAUCGUUGGCAUGACAACCUUUUUCCCUCCUGUCGGUGGGCUCCUUCCUCCCCCUUUCCCCACUCUUCCCAUCCGAUUCAACCAUUAUCCCCACCGCCUCUCCCUGUCUGCGUUCCCGUCCCCGCCACCGCCGACGGAGGAAGGACGGGGAGGUGGGGCGGGGCGGCGCAGCGCCGCCAUGUUGGCUCCGGACGGCGCCAACCGACUCGUAGUAGUCGUAGGUAGAGUGCAUAUUAAAAUCGCGAGCAGUGGUGAAGGAGAAGUGUGUGAGGAGGAGCCCCCGCAGGCGCCGCAGCCGACCGCCGCAGCCGCAGCAGAAGCAUUUCCUUCGGCCGCCGCGCGCACGAAGGACUGCGGGGCGAGGCCCAGCGAGGGCCCCCGGCUCCUUCUCCUGCUCUGUCGACUAUUAUGGAAACUGUCCAACAAUCUGUGGUCCAUCUGGAACAUGGGAUGCCAGCCCAAGCGCAGAUGGCUUAUGCUCAGAGACCGUCAGCCCUCCACAGGAUCCCGGGGAAAUACAGCUAAAUUAUAUACUCGCUGUGGAAUGGCUCAAACAACUCGUAGCUAA